GCAGCGAAAAGGGUGCUCUCAUCAAGCUUUUACAGGACCACCCAGAGAGCGACCCUUGCGUGGCGGACGCCAACGGCUGGACAUCGCUGCAUGUGGCCUGCGCCUGGGGCAAGGCUGCAGAGCUCAGGAUCCUGCUCACGCAGGCCAGGCUAUUGCACCCGCAGUUGUUGCCGUACAGCGACGGCAAGGAGAACCAGCCCAUGAAGGGCCGCGAGCAGGACAGAGUGUCCGGCAUUGAAAAGCGGCCAGUGUCCCAGCCGCCCAGCUGGUGCGCCGUGGGCUUCCGCCAGGAGCCUGGGUUCCCGAAGAAGGUGGGGAUGAAAGGUCCACGAGACUUUGAGGCUGCUGGAUAUCCAUCGCAUUGCUGGACCACAGAUCUUGCCGAGGUCAGUACCUCUUUGAGCUCGCUGAUGGGGCGCACGCCUACCCAUUUGGCGGCACAAAGUGCUGGAGAACAGGAGGAGGAUGUUUGGUCCUGCUCGAAUGGCCACAUACAAUGCUUGGAUGCGCUGCUGGAGAUGGGCUUCCUGGACUUGGACAAGGCAGAUGAUCGCGGCAUGUCGCCUUUGCUGGGCGCCUGUUUGGCGGGCUCCCUGGCGGGGGUGGUGUGGCUGCUGCUCCAUGGCGCCGACUGCUAUGCUCAGGACAAGAUGAAGCGAAAUGCAUUACAUGUGGCAAGCAGCCUUGGUCCAAGUGCAGGCCGCAUUGUGAAGUUCCUUUGCAGAUGGGAUGCCGACGUAUCCAGGCUGAAGGGAGGCCGAGACUGGAAGGGCCGGCGGCCGCAGGAGGUGUAUUUGUACCGCCAAGGCUGGUGCCGUCGCAACAACCCGGGCGGUGACGAGCGCCUGGAGCAGUUUGCCACUCUUUGGGAGGCAGCACGACUUGGAGACCUGAACCUCCUUCGUCUCAGCCUGAAGGCAAAUGCUGCCAUUGACGAAGCAAGCCCUGGUGGUUGGACACCGGCCAUGUACGCUGCCCACGGCGGACACAUUGAAGUUCUCAGGAUACUGCUUGCCAUGCGCUGCAGCUGCGCUGCUGUGGAAGGGAAGCCGCAGCGCCCAGAGCUCAAGAAGUGGCACGGCGACACCCCACUUCACGUCGCGGCAGAGGCUGGGCGCCCGGAUAUUUGCAGCUUGCUGGUGCGGGCAGGAGGUGCCUCGUUGCAGGCGCGCAACCACGCAGGCCGCAGCCCGUUGCACAGUUCAGCGGCGGCGGGGCAGUUAAAAACGCUGAAGAUGCUGCUAGCGUUGAAGGCUGACCCAGAGGAGACAGAGAAGUCCGAGGUGCCCCGGAACGUCUUCCACAUGUUGGCAGACAAGGACCUUUGCUGCACCCAGUGGCUGCUUGACUUCAUGCUGGCGGAGGAUGGAGGCGCUCCAAAGGUGGUCAGACUCUUGGAGCACGAGGAACAGGGGCUGCCGCGGCCAGUGGACCUUGCGCGAAGGCAGAGCCGAACGCAGCAGGUCCUUGGGCAAGCCCUUCGCAGGGCUCGGCGGAAGUGCGAGGAUGAUCAGUUUGCAGGCUGUGCACGCAGCUGGGUCACGGCCCCGGUGCUCAGUGGUCAUGAAUGCCACCGGCAGGCUGGUGAGCAAAUGAUUAUGCCGGUGAGAUGGAAGGAGUCCAUGAAGACAAUGGGCAAGAUGGAGCUGGACGUGAUUUAUGAGUGUGGGCCAAAGAAGCAGCUGAAGGCACUCAUGCGGCGCAUCGACAGCGACCUUUGGGCACGCACUGUCAAUGUGGAGGCACCCGCCGCUUGUGAGAAUGCAGGGCUGCAGCGGCUGCUGGACAUCCCGGGGCUCCUGGGGCGCGCUGCUCGCUUCACCGACGCCCGUGGUCUUUGUGGCCUCGAGACCUCAGCCAGGAGCCUGCAGCUGGCCUUUUGCAUCGCCUCUGCAAAUCCAGAUGGCGCACCUUGGCGUUUGGCCGCCAUUCAACGUGGCCUUUGCGUGUGCCUCAACACCUCGGAGGGCCUUGAUGCGGCCGAGGUGCACCGUCGACUGAAGCGCUUCUACGGAAAGCUUCACCGAGUGACUUCCCCCACGAACUGGCAGUGGCCCAUCUACGGCCUCGAGGGCGCUGAUCGCUUGGAGCGCAUCAUCGAGAGCUUCAUGCAGUCCUGUCGGGGCCUUCAGGUGCACCUCCUGGAGUUCGCCUUCCAGCCACAGGAUGUGGUCAACGCCUUGAACAGCGCCAACGAGUGGAGUCCGCCGCCGCCCCCGGCAAAGUCCAACCAAUACGAGGGCAGCUUCCAGCUGCUCGGCGUCCGCGCGCUGCACCUGGAAGCCUCGGUGCAGCCCUUGAUGACGCGCCAUGGGGACGUGGAGUGCGCCCUUUUCCUGGAGCUCAGGCUGGGCCAAGUCCUCCCUGAGAGCACCUGGGCGCAUGUGCUGGUUUGGUGCGGCCUCGAGGCGUUUCCAGGAGACAAUCGAGGCAGCGCGGAACCUGACGAGCCCAUGGCAGCGAUGCAACUACGCCUGCCCAAAGGUUGCGUUUGUUCCAGCCUGCAGCGCGUUGCCUGCGGCUCCUUGCUGCAGCAGGCGCUGACUUCCCAUGGCACAGUUCGCACGCUGCUGGCUUUUGAGCCAUGUAAGACGCCAACGCUGUGA